UGUGCGGAGCUAGAAACGUCCAAAACACCUCCCUGUUUCUGUAGCAUCCUCCACGUGAUACACUGCUCUGUGUGACGGUGUGGGUUCAGUUCCCGGUACCUUAACGGGACGAACUGUACUUUAACUAGUCUACUUCAGUUUCGCUGCAGUUUCUAGGCUCUAGUGAACUAUCUCCCCCAUGUUGAGGCGCCGGCUGGUUUUGGUCAGGUAGAGCAACCCCCCCACCUACCGGAGGACUCGCGCGACAGCGGCAGAUUUAGCAAAGCCCCUCACGAGAAGUUUCUGGAUAGAGAGCUCGCGCACCGCCACCGGGCCGUCGAGUCCAGCGUUUGUAAAGAUAACAUUAGCAAUGAGCGGUGCUAUGAAUUUCAAAAACUGCGGCUCUGUGCUGGUAACGGGAGCCAGCCGAGGGCUCGGGCUGCAGAUAGUCGACAGCCUGGCGAGUGGAGGUUUCUCACCCGGUAAGAUUAUAGCCACGACCAGAGAGCCGGAGAGAGCACAGAAACUUCAGGAACUGGCACAGAAACAUCCCAACAUCCACAUAAUCACACUGGAUGUAGUGAACCAGGAGAGUAUAGAGGGGUCUGUAGAAGAGGUGGGGCAGCUGGUACAACAAGAGGGUCUGAACUGCCUGAUCAACAAUGCAGGGAUCAAUGUGGUGGCCGACUUCCAUACCGUUACUGCAGAGAUGAUGAUAGAAAACUUCCGUACUAAUGCUGUGGCUCCUCUAAUGAUCACCAAGGCCUUCCUGCCUCUGUUGAAGCAAGCUGCGUCCAGAGGAGGAGCAGGUGGCACAGGAAGCAUGGGCAUCCAGAGGGCAGCAGUCAUUAACAUGACCUCUCUGCUGGGCUCUGUGGAGCUCAACUGGGGGGAACGGGCCAACAACUUCAAAUGGUACCCCUACAGGACAUCCAAGAGUGCCCUAAACAUGGUGAGUCGCUGUAUGGCUGUAGACCUGGAGCCUAAUGGGAUUCUCUGCAUGGCUAUACACCCUGGCUGGGUCCGCACUGACAUGGGAGGGUCUCAGGCUCCACUGAGUCCAGAGGAGAGCGUUUCUUCCGUCUUGUCUGUGAUUGGUGGACUGACUGAAAAGGAUAAUGGGUCAUUUCUGAACUUUACAGGAGAGGUGUUGCCUUGGUGAUCCUUUUCAUCAAAGUAAUGAGUAGGAUGAUUAUAAGCACAAAUAAUAGAUCCUAACGGCUGUUUAUUCAGUUUGGAAUAACUUCAGCUAUGCAAGAGUGUUACAAACAGUGUUGAUAGCUCUAUGUUUUAGUAGAAGAAUCAUGCAUAUUGUUACUUAAUUGUUUAUAUAUAUAAUAUAUAUAGCUACACACUGUUUCUUUGAUCUGAUAACAAAUCAAACUCACUGUCAGAUAAACAGACCUGGUUGGGAAAGUCUUAACAGAAACCUUCUCAGAGUUGUGCUUUGAUUGUCCACAAUGUACAUUUAAGCAGAAAUUUGGUCAUUGAAAGUGAAUUAUCUGCAGUGGUAAUGCAAUUGCUGUCUCUUCUCAAGUGUUUGUUUCCUGCAGUUUAAUGUACUUUUUUAUUAGAAUAUAGUAGAAUCUAUAUACAUGUAUUAGAAAUACAUCGCUGCUGUGUAAAUAAGAGAGAGAGCAUUUUAUGUUUUUAUUGUGAAAAAGUAAUAAAGGUUUGAGUGUUCAUGA